AUGGCGGAUUAUUUCAGCGACUUUUCGACCUAUGUUGGUCCCAAAGGACUACCGUCGCCGGCCGACACUCCCUUUGAGACAUCCGCCUUCGUUCGCUCCAAGCGGACAUCCCGAACUAUGUCUGGACAAGAUCGAUCCACAACUCCUCCGCCUCACCCUUCAACAGACUCUAUCGAUCUUUCCGAAAAGCCAGCACGCGACUCACGAUAUUCGAGUAUGGACCCACGACGAUUCACCCCUACCCUUCACGCAUCUUUGGUUUCGGAAAUUCUGAACCUGCGAAGAGAGAUCGACUCGAAGAACAAUUUGGUGGAGAAUCUGGAGACUAGCCUUUUACAGUCGAAAGAGGAGAACGAUGAGUUAGCCGGCAAGUUGUCCGAGACAACGAAAGAGGUUCGCAAAGCGAAGCAGCAGGUCCAACAAUUAGAACAGGGAACAAUCGAUGCCGUGGAGGGAUUGGUCAAAGAGAGAGACACGGCCAAAUCGGCUUUCCAUGAACUUCGGAGUAAGUUCGAAGUCACACAGAAGAAGACGCGGCUACAAGACAAUGAUGCCAUUCGCGCCCAUUCGAUAUGGGAGAGCGAGAAGGAAUCCUGGGACAAUGAACGGCGUCAGCUAGAACGACGGGUUCAUGUGACCGAGAGUCGACUUCGUGCCGUCUUGGACGAAAUGGCGACUAUACAGUCCACAACUCAGCCACUGCAACUGGAUGGAUUCUUCCCUGACGGAAGCACCUUCAAAGACAGCGGUAUUGGAGAUGGGAUUGGCAGUGAUACCACGAGUAUACGUACAGCAUCUCCGACAAAGCGCAGACGGAGCGCCAGGAAGCAUGUUUCCGUUUCAUCUAUGGGCACCAUGUCGAACGUCGAUAUGAAUGGCGUGUCUCUUGCCGACGAGCUGGAUAUCGAUGAGGAGGACGAAUUCGAUAUGGAAGGGUCCGAACAUGGGGAGGAAGAAUCGAUUCACGCUGUUGGCACCAAGCAGUCCGCCGCAACUCAUCGACGAACCAUGUCCAGAGAGCAGAGCUCGAAGCUGAGAUUUUCAAAUGGAUGGCGAGACAGUCUGAGGAACGGGAAUGCGACGUCCGCGCCAUUUCGCGUGGUGCAGAUUUCGCAGGGCACAGACACUGAUGAGCUGCAAGAUCUGAUCUCCUCAGCAGCAUCUGUUCGGCCACUCAUGGUGCCACUGGUGUACGUUGACAGCGGGUACCAGCCUGAAGACCGUUCAGUCACACCACCCGCAAAACUGCCCGCCGCGGUGUACAAGGAUACGGGAUGCCAAUCAUCGCCCACACCAAGAUUUGCUUAUGUGGACAGUGGCUUUCAACCAUCGCCACCGCCAUCUCCUGCUCGAGCAGGUUCUCCAAUCGUCGAGUCCGACAAACGGCUGCCCGAACAAUUUUCCCUGAUCGGACAUGUGCGGCCAUCGGACAGCUUCGAUUCCACUCUGCAAACACGGGUAGCUGCAUCACCGAUAAGUCCGCCGGAAACGCCAGUCAUGAACGAUGGAGAAUGGACGCCAGAGAAUUCCACCACCAGAGUCGCACCCGUAUAUCGCACGACCUCCACGCAAACGGACGUCGUGCAACCGGAGAAACGCUGGAGUAACGUGCAGAACCUGUCUCCGAGCAUGUUCGUGCCCUCCAUUUCGAUCCACCCUCCCACUUCGCGGCCGUCAUCUCCCAGGCCGCACGUUUUACCACCGGGGACGAGGAAUGCGUCCUCACAGGCCAACCUUGCUGUGUCGUACAAGGAUGUGUGCAUGCAAACGGAGGAAAUCAGGGUUGACAGCCGUCCUGUGAAACUCGCUCCGCACCUGCUACUGUCUCAUCCGAUGAAUGUUCCAUCAGCGCUCGAGACCUCUCUUCGCGAAAAGGCCCUCAACUACGGCUCGGCCCAAGUGCUUCCCAAGCCUUCGGCAGUUCUUCAAGGUCCCUUUGAACCAGAAAUCGCGAUGACGCGGCACAGAGGUGGCAAAGCUCAGCGUGGCCAGCCUCUCAAGGCUCUCUCUCUGCCAAGACCUGUGCUAUCGCCGGCAACGAAUGAGCCCUCCACUAAUGGCCCGCUGCAUCGAUCCUCGCAGUACGGAGUCAACCAGGAUCAUAAGCCAGAUGCCUCCCUCGGUGCGGACGGAUCUCCCUCGGACGAGGGCGACGAUGAGGACGAAGCAGGAGCCCAUGUAAGCCGGCCACCUCAAGGACGAUUCGCUCUUUCUGGGCCGCCCAAAGCUGUACCGGAAGACAAGGAGAUUUCGCCUGAGCGACGGCCAAAAUCAGCGGGUGGGGCUCCAGCUGCCUCAGUUUCCGGCGGCAGAGCAGCCAUCCGGGCAGCGAGGCACACUCUUCAGUCUCUGCCAGCCAAAGACGAUGGACAGCCAGAGAGCUCCCAUGCGAGGACCACCAGCGCCGGUAGUCUUGCGAUGAGCAGCAAGAGCGCCCCUACUGGGCUUCCUCUGCCUCCUUUCCCUAUUCCAACGAGAUCAAGCUCUCGAGUGAUUGGAAACACAAAGAGCGAAGGUUCCGAGAGCCCACUUUCAUCUUAUGGCUAUUACGAAGACCGCGGAACGAGAAAGUAUCGCUCAGCCCACCACAGUCGACAGCAUAGUCUUCGCAAAGUCCAGUCAGCGGCCGUGAUCAGGCACAGGACGAGCAAGAGCGCUCAUUCGUCUCCUAAAAAGGCUGCGCGGAGGAGGAUGCGGUCCCCAGAGCUCACGCCAAUCAACUCAUUGCUCAUCGACAGCCCAUCCAAAGCGAGGGACUUUGCGGCCAACCACACAAAUUUCCCUAUUCCCGAACUUCCAAAACCGCUGCACAAUUCGAUGUUGCCCGACACAGGAUCCGUGAUGAGCAACUCAACGAGCACGGCACCGAGACUGUCCGAGGAGAACAACCUGGUGGAUGCUAUUGCGGGAACCAUGGUGGGCGAAUGGAUGUGGAAGUACGUUCGAAAGCGGAAGUCGAUCAUGCUUGGCGAUGAUACUGCAGGACUUGCUGCUGCGGCGGAGCAGAAUGGGUUCAUGAAUGGCACUGGGCAUGGAACCAGGCACAAGCGCUGGGUGUGGUUGUCGCCCUAUGAGAGGACAAUCAUGUGGGAUGGAAAACAGCCUGCGAGUGGUCCGGCAUUGCUAGGCAAGAAGGGCCGGAAGCUCCCCAUCCAAUCUGUGUUAGAUGUGCCCGAUACGAGCUCUCUUCCAAAGGUCGCCGAGCUUCCCACCGCAUUCCACCGUUCCAUCCUCAUCCUCACCCCGGAGCGAGCGCUCAAGUUCACCGCCACCACGGAAGAGCGGCACAGCCUAUGGAUGACAGCACUCACCUUCCUCGCUCGUUCUCAAUCUCAAGGCAACCCACGCAUUCCCCGCCUACCGUUCAAAUCUCCACCACCACCUAUCCCAGCCAACAACAACUCCAUCGAUGGUGUCUCAGUCAAUCGCUUCCGCUCUCCCUCCUUUGGCCGCACACCUCUCCGCGACUCAAUCCGCCUUGCCAAAGGGAAAAGACCUGAUCUAAAUCAUCUCCCACACCACCCAAGUAACAUGGCCGCCAAUCCGGACUCCACAAACUCCAUGGACGCCUCCCGCGAAAGCAGUGCCGACUUUCCCGCCGUUCCGCGCCUCUACAUCACCACCUCUCGACACCAGCGCAAACGCUCGCAAACCAACCCAUUACACCCCCGCGACCCGGCUUCGCUCAGCAGCAAUCUUCGCAGCUUCACAUCCUCCAUUGUCCCAUCGUCCACCGCCUCCGUCAAUGGCGGCGGCUCCACGUUCCGUCCUAGCUUCUCCUCCAAAGCGGGUUCAAGACGAGACUCCUCGACAGCAAGCCCUGACCAGCCAAACUUUUUCGAGGCAGUCGGUACGGUUCGCAUGGAGGCGUUCGUGGAUCCAAAUGUCAGGGACGGUGUGAGGUAUGUGCCGAACUUGCCCGGUGCAUUGGGCAGUGGGCCGAGAACGACUAGACACAGUCGGAAUUUGAGUCAAAGCACGGUGGAGAAAAGAAGAGCGGGCUUUGUGUUCGACGAGAUGGGUACUGAUCCCUUCAAGGGGUUCUGA